GGGAGAGAAACGUUGGCUGUGAUGUCAUCUUACAGACAGACAGAGGAGACCGUUUCCCUGCUCAUCGCCUCAUAUUAGCAGCAGGUGCGGACUACUUUCAGGCUCUGCUCUGCGGAGGGUUACGGGAGUCCGGUGAGGGUGUGGUGUUACUGCGCGGUGUGAGGUCAUGGGUGCUGCAUGAUCUGCUGGACUUCAUUUACUCCGGCCGGCUGAACCUGAGCUGCAGGAACGUGUGGCAUCUGACAGAAGCAGCUUCACAGUUUCAGCUGCAGGGGCCGCUGGCGCUGUGCUUAAACUUCCUGCAGGAUAAUAUGGAUGAAACUUCUUGCCUGGAUAUUCUGGCCUUGGCUGAAGCCUACAGUCUGGAGGAUCUGGGCAGACGGGCAGAGGACUAUGCUUUAGCCCACUUUCAGAGGGUCGCAGAGGGGGAGAAGUUCAAGAAUCUGCCCUGCGUCCAUCUGCAGCGUCUGCUGGAGAGAGAUGCGCUCAAUGCAGACAGUGAGCUGGCCGUGUUCAGAGCUGUGGUGAACUGGGUGGAGGAUGAUGAAGACCGGAGACUGUCUCAUCUCUCACGACUGAUGCAGAGCAUUCGGUUCGCUCUCAUGAGACCAGAGGAGCUGCAGGAGGUGCAGGACUGUAAGCUGCUGCUCAGGAGCUCAGGAGGGAAAACAACGCUGGAAACCGUGAAAAAUCUCCUGCAUGGUGAUCGGAGAACAUCGGACUGCAAACCACGAACACCUAACCAGGUUUUGGUGCUCGUUGGUGGAGAUUGUGUGAAUGAGAAUUUCGAGCGUCGAGAGCCAAACCUUUGCCUGUGGUUUGCCCAGUGCUUUAUGCGCGGAGAGGGACUCAUCCGAACCAUCGAGUGGAGACCUUUAGCGCACCUCCCUGAGCCACCACGCUUCCGCCACUGUGUGUGUGUUCUCAACAACACACUCUAUAUCAUCGGAGGCCGGAAGUACUACGGUGCCCUGGACAUUCUGAAGACUGCUCUGAGAUUUGAUCCUGCUCAGGGCAGAUGGGAACGUCUUCCUGACAUGUCCAGACCCAGGGAUUACUUCGCCGCUGUGUGUCACAGAGGGAAGGUGUUUGUCCUUGGUGGAAACUGUGAUGACAUGAACUGUCUGGACUCAGUGGAGUGUUACACACCUGAGGACAACACCUGGAGGCUGUGUCAUCCUCUGGACAAUGCUCUCUGCGGUCACGCCGCUGCCGUGUUGAACGGAGAGAUGUUUGUGUCUGGUGGUUGCGACUCUCGUUUGCGCUGCUGUCCGUGUCUGUGGAUCUACGACCCGGUGCACGGCUGCUCAGAACGAUCACCCAUGGCAGCAGGAGCGGGACGGGCAGGUCACGUGAUGCUGGUUUCGGGACAGCGAUUGGUCGUGGCCGGGGGGUUGCAGCCGGUGUGGGCGGGGUUUGGAGACCAGCUGCAGUGUGAGUCGUACGAUCCCGUUCACGACUCCUGGACGUCUUUCCCCAUGCUGCCCCGACCGCACCUCUCACCCGCGGCGGCCGCUCUUGACGGUCAGCUGUAUGUUUUGGGAGGGUCUUCGGCCAAUUCUGCCCGUGAUACACCAUGGGUGCACCGUUAUGAUCCACAGACAAAGUGCUGGGACAAACUGGGAGCAAUGCCACGACCUUACGCAGAUCUCGCUGCAUGCGCUUUACAGCUGCCUGACAGUCUGAAGAGCUGAAAGAGCGGUUGAAAUGUCAUUUUUAUGAAUAUUUAUUAGUGUAUUCUAAUAUUACAAUGACUUUCCGGGAUUGUUCUGACACUUACAUAAAGAUUUGUCAGGGUGAACAAAAUGAUCAAUGUUAACAGCUGAUUGUGCGCACUUACCAACAGCUGUCUAUUGAACAAACAUCCUAUAACAAUUAUUAAUGAUGAGGCAAGUAGGACUAGGCAAAAAAAAAAAAAAAACUGACUAGAGCUGCAGGAAAAUUACAUCAUGUCACCACUGAUUGGCUAAUGUAAAUGCAACUGUAUCAGAGAUGCUUUAAAUAGUUUCCUGCUCUUUAACACAUAUGCAAAUACAUUUACACAAUAUGCACCUUUUUGGGCUAU